GUCAUGACGUGUGUCGCAGGUCUUGUGACGUUUUUCCAAUCGACUCGAGAAAAGUCUUUCCGCCGCCGCGGCCUAGCAUUCACCAUCCCUCAUUCCGGUGAUUUUAUUGCCUCAUGUCCGUCCGUACGAUCCCGAACCGAGCGGGACACGCUGUUUUAUGACGGACUGAACACGCGACUGUCGAUUUAAACGGAGUUUUACUUUGAAAGCUAGUGAAAAACAGCCAGCAGGGCGCGCGAGCGAUGACAUCCCGGAGGUGGUUUCACCCCAACAUCACCGGAGUCGAGGCAGAAAAUCUUUUACUUACUCGAGGUGUUGAUGGAAGUUUUCUGGCUCGGCCCAGUAAAAGCAAUCCAGGAGACUUUACGCUGUCUGUCAGGCGAAAUGGUGCCGUCACUCACAUUAAGAUUCAGAACACAGGAGAUUAUUAUGACCUGUACGGCGGAGAGAAGUUUGCCACGCUGGCUGAGCUGGUGCAGUACUACAUGGAGCAUCACGGACAGCUGAAAGAGAAAAACGGAGAUGUCAUUGAACUAAAAUAUCCACUCAACUGUGCCGAUCCCACCUCAGAGAGGUGGUUUCAUGGUCACCUGUCAGGGCGCGAGGCGGAGAAGCUCCUGACGGAGAAGGGAAAGAAUGGAAGUUUUCUGGUGAGAGAGAGUCAGAGCCACCCUGGAGAUUUUGUGCUGUCGGUACGGACCGGCGAUGACAAGACAGACACCAGUGACGGCAAACCCAAAGUCACACAUGUCAUGAUCCGCUGCCAGCAUGAUCUGAAAUACGACGUCGGUGGUGGAGAGAAAUUCGACUCGCUCACAGAUCUGGUGGAACACUACAAGAAGAAUCCCAUGGUUGAAACUCUAGGUACAGUCCUGCAGCUCAAACAGCCUCUGAACACGACCCGCAUCAACGCAGCAGAGAUCGAGAGUCGGGUACGAGAGCUCAGCAAGCUGGCGGAGGCCACUGAUAAAGUCAAACAGGGAUUCUGGGAGGAGUUUGAGACGCUUCAGCAGCAAGAGUGCAAACUGCUGUACAGUCGCAAGGAAGGUCAGCGGCCGGAGAAUAAGAACAAGAACCGAUAUAAAAACAUUCUUCCCUUCGACCAUACACGAGUCAUGCUGAUUGAUGGUGAUGCUAAUGAGCCGGGAUCUGACUACAUCAACGCCAACAUCAUUGAGCCUGAACUUGAAAACAAGGGCAACAAUAAAUUAAAGAGGAGCUACAUCGCCACGCAGGGCUGCCUGCAGAACACCAUCAGUGACUUCUGGAGGAUGGUGUUCCAGGAGAACACGCGCGUCAUCGUCAUGACAACGAAGGAAGUGGAACGUGGAAAGAGUAAAUGUGUGAAGUAUUGGCCGGAUGCGACGGCGCUGAAAGAGUACGGAGCCAUGCGUGUACGCAACGUUAAGGAAACGCAGGCGCACGAUUACAUCCUUCGAGAGCUAAAACUGUCAAAAGUCGGACAGGGUAACACCGAGCGUACAGUGUGGCAGUAUCAUUUCCGUGCCUGGCCCGAUCACGGGGUGCCCGGAGACCCCGGCGGUGUCCUGGACUUCCUGGAAGAGGUCAAGUUAAAGCAGGAGGGCAUUACAGGGGCUGGACCCAUCGUGGUGCACUGCAGUGCUGGGAUUGGACGAACAGGAACGUUUAUUGUGAUUGACAUCUUAAUAGACAUCAUCAGAGAAAAGGGAGUGGACUGUGAUAUCGACGUCCCGAAGACGAUCCAGAUGGUGCGAUCUCAGCGUUCGGGAAUGGUUCAGACGGAGGCGCAGUAUCGCUUUAUCUACAUGGCCGUACAACAUUAUAUUGAGACUCUACAGCGGCGCAUAGAGGAGGAGCAGAAAAGUAAAAUUAAAGGACGUGAAUAUACCAACAUCAAAUACUCGCUGUCUGAUCUGUCUGGAGGAGAUCAGAGCCCACUGCCACCCUGCACACCAACACCAACCUGUGUCGAAAUGAGAGAUGACAGCUCGCGGGUUUAUGAGAAUGUGGGUCUAAUGCAACAGCAGAAGAGUCACAGAUGAGAUUUGGGACUCCAGUGAUGUCCAGAACACAGGAAGUGUUUUUUGUUGCUCUUGAAGGCCGGAGAUGUGACCAUAUACAGAGAGACAACAUAAAAAGAUUGAAAAAAAGACAAAAAAAUCCAAAGAUGGUCCACACAAGCUCAGAGACACGCGGAUGGAGGGAAUUUCAUUUCUUCAUCCAGCUACGUAGCCUUUUAACCCCACAUGAGAAACCACUGUGACCAUUUAAAAGCCUUAUACUGAAUAAACCCAGAACAAGCCCUGCAAAAUCCUCUUCUGUCGGGUGUGGAGGUCUCUCAGAUGAUUCGGGCUACAUUUAGCACGUGUGGAUAAACCUUCACUCUCUCGUUCGUCUCUAAAGUCGUCCCUUUGUUAGUCGGGUUUUUUAAUUGAAGCGCUUUUCAGCUGUGAUUAUUCGAAGAGAAAAUCAUGUCAGCUUUUACUCAAAUAAUCUGGAUAAAAUAAUCAGGAAAAUGUGAUUCUCUGGAAUACCGAUUAUUGUUGUUGUUUAUUAUUCAGACUUAAUUGAAUUUUUAAUAUCAAGUUAUUGGCUUCAUAUGUCCCAUUGUGUCAUUGUAGAAGUUUCAUCAUGUAUGAUUUCACAUUUUUUGCCUUCGGUUUAAGUCUAGCAUCCUUACGAACUUCAGCUGAGAUGGGUCCGUACAAAGGCUGCAAAACGAUUAAUCGCAACUAAUCGUUAGCAAAAUAAAAGUUUUUUUUUACAUCAUAUGUGUGUGUACUGUGUAUAAUAAUUAUGUAUAUAUAAAUACACACACACACAUGUAAAAAAUAUUUACAUGUGUAUAUACAUUUUUAUAUUUAUAUAUUAUUUAUGUUAUAUAUAUAUAAAUAUAAAUACCUAAACCAUAAAUAUAUAUUUUUCUUAAAAUUAUACAUGCAUGUGUGUUUAUUCAUAUACAUAAUUAUUAUACACAGUAAACGCACAUUUGUGAUGUUUAUUUUGCAAACGAUUAAUCGCGAUUAAUCGUUAUGCAGCCGUAGUCCGUACAUCUUUGCUUUGCCUUGUCCCCCACAUCAACAAAUGUCCUGAUGACUUUUUCACGGGAUGUCUUUGACUUGUUUGCAUUACUAUCAGGUGACCCUGUGGCAGUUUUUGAUCGACUGCUAAAUCUGUUUGUUUUUUGCUGUCUUUUUUAAAUUUGUGAAUCAUUUACGUCAAAGCACCGUAUGAACUUGCGUUUUAAAAGCGACCGCACAUCCUGGUGAUUUCUAGCUUGUUAAGAGCAUCAGAUAUGUUAGAGAUUUUAAAGUGUUAUUAUGGCCCUCUAUGAUGGACAGAUUUUCUUUAAUGGUUGAAUUGUUUUUGCCACAAGCCUGAGUAUUCUUGCAAUGCUAUCUUCUACUUUUCUACAAAAUGUUUUCACUUUCCUACUUUUAACACUUUGCUUACUAAAACCAAAUUUUGUCAUCUGGUCAGUAUUUGGUCAUUCAUUAAUUUAAAAUAGUUUUCGCGAGUGCUUUAGAAAGUAAAUCCAUGUUGUCAUUUCAAACAUAAGCGUUGGGCCGCCACACAUUUUUGCAGACGCUCUGGUACUUUCACAAACGUGUCUUUUUUUUGUUCACAAUUACAUUGAUACGGCCUUGACUUUCUUGUUUUCACCCUGAACGUCGGUCUCGUAAACUGUGUAAAAAUGUGAAAAGGCCGAGUGCGUGCGCUCUUUGAGCCCAGGGGAUGUAUUGUGUGUCUGGUGUACUGUACUGUGUUUAUUGUCCUGAAGCGUGCGAGUGCGUUUGUAUCGGCUGUUUGCUCUUUGAAGUCCAAUGUUUUAUUUAUGCCACGCUUUUUCUCUUCCUUCAUGGAUCAACACUUUGUCUCGAUGAUGUAAACGCUUUCACGCGCCUGUGUGUUUCUGUCAGUGACCAAUAUCUUUAUUUCUUUCUUUUUAAAUUGAAUCAUACACGGCUUGAGUCCUCUUCGCAGAAAGCAUACGGUCCAAAACAACUAAUGUGAAUAAUUGUCAUCGUGAAGAGAACGAAAUGGUUGUGGAACUCGAUGCAAACAAACUAUAUAUUUUUAAAACUUGUAUAUUGUACAUGAAUAUCUUGUAGAGAAGAAUGUACUUACUAAACAUAUAAUUGCCAUAAAGAUAUACUGUAUGUUUAACCCAGCAUCUCUUGUGCCAGACAUUGGGCCUUACAGAAGCUAAAAGGGUUGAUCGUGUUGUUUGGCUAUCAAUGCAAUUAACCGACUCCUUAAUAACAAUAAAUACAAAGCUCACAACUUUA